AUUCACAAAUCAAAUCAAAAAAUUGAAUUUUCAAAACCUUGUAAGAGAGAGGGAGUAGUAGUGUUGUUGCGUUACCUUCUUCUUCCUCGCAACCCUUUCCCUCUGCAAUUCGCUUUCUCUCUCUCUUUCUCUAAAAACCUUCGUACACUCUCUCUAAAAUCCUCUCUCUCAUUUCAUCACAUCACCAAUUUUCGAUCCAAAUCACAAUUCAUCACUUUUUCUUAUUUUGAAUUUCAAAUUUAAAAUUUCAAACAAUUUUUUUUAUUUUUUAUUUUCAAAAUUAAAAUUCUCAGCUUUGAAAUUGAUGUUAUGUUUUUCACUUUCUAAAACAUCAUCCAAUUCGAGCUAAUUUUAAUUUUUUGAAUUUUUUUUUUAAUAUUUUUUUGAUUUUCGAAAUUGUGUGUUUCAAUUGUGAUUGUGUGGUUUGAUGGAGGAAGGUGAAGGAGGAGAAAGUGGUUCAAAGAAUGUUGUUCCGCCAGAGUUUGUUGUGGCUGUUUCACCAACGGCGGCGGCUGCUACAACGGCGUGGUCGGAUGCACCGGCGAAGAAGAUAGUGAGGCAGCUUGAUUUUAAUACUAUGACGGAACAAUCGAAACCACCACAGCAGCUGUUGCAACCGAUGACUGUAAUGACGCAGAAACCAGUGGCUGGUUCGCCUUUGCCGCCUCCGCAGCCGAUGAUAGGACUUCAACACUGUUCUGUGAGGGUUGGGAAACCGGAAUCUCCCAAACCAAAAUCAAGACCUAACUUUGAUAUGAAAGAAGGUACUCCAAAGAAGCAAAAGCAAUGCAACUGUAAACACUCUAAAUGCUUAAAACUAUAUUGUGAAUGUUUUGCAUCGGGAAUAUAUUGUGACGGUUGCAAUUGUGUCAAUUGUUUCAACAAUGUUGAUAACGAAGCUGCUAGACGAGAGGCUGUUGAAGCUACUUUAGAGCGUAAUCCAAAUGCAUUUAGGCCCAAAAUUGCAAGUAGCCCUCAAGGAGCACGAGAUAGCAGGGAGGAGACUGGGGAAGGUUUAGUAUUAAUAAAACAUAACAAGGGGUGCCAUUGUAAAAAAUCUGGCUGUCUUAAGAAGUACUGUGAAUGCUUCCAAGCCAACGUUCUUUGUUCUGAGAAUUGUAGAUGCAUGGACUGCAAGAACUUUGAGGGAAGUGAAGAGAGACAGGCUUUGUUUCAUGGAGAUCAAAAUAACAACACAUAUAUUCAGCAAGCGGCAAAUGCUGCCAUAACUGGAGCUAUUGGUUCCUACGGCUAUUCAUCACCUCCAGUAUCAAAGAAAAGAAAAGGUCAGGAACUCUUCUUGUGGCCUACAUCCAAGGAUCCAUCAAUUAGCAAGUCGGGACAACAGGUAAACCAUGUUAAAGGUCCAGCAGCAGCAUCCUCAUCAUUGUCACCUGUCCCAAAUGCUCGAGUUGCAAAUGCAACAUUAGGUCAAAGUCCACAAAAAUUAAAGUAUAGGUCUCUUUUAGCAGACAUUGUGCAACCACACCACCUCAAAGAGCUUUGUUCAGUUCUGGUGCUAGUAUCAGGACAAGCUGCAAAGACACUUGCAGACCAGAAAAGUUCAGCAGAAAAACGUACAGAAGAUCAGGCAGAAACUUCCCUUGCUUCUUCAACUCAAGAGCAAUUGCCUAGUCAAAAAGACGUUGAUGUUGAAAAGGCUAUGGAUGAUGAUUGUUCGAGUGCAAAUCAAACAGAUAAGAUCAGCCCAAGUAAUUCCUGUUCAGAUGGUGCUGAUGUCCCAAAAGGGAGGCCAAUGUCUCCUGGGACUUUAGCUUUGAUGUGUGAUGAGCAAGAUACAAUGUUCAUGAGAGCUUCCUCUCCCAUUCGGCCUAUGAACCAUGCUUGCAACACAUCUUCGCAAUUUCCUAGUGGACAAGGAGUGACAGAGGUCUAUGGCGAGCAAGAAAGGAUUGUAUUAACACAGUUUAGAGAUUUUCUCAAUAGAGUUAUCACUAUGGGAGAAAUAAAUGAGACAAAGUGUUCUUCCUUGGCUAGAAGUGAAUUAGAGAAUCAAAAGCAUCCAAUCAACAAGGAAACUGGAAAUUCAAGUACUGACAUAGUACAUCAGCAGGAAGCUACUAGCAACGGCGAUCCCAAAACUGUAGUUCCACCUAUAGCCACAACUUCAACACCUGUGGUCCCUCGCGAUGCUGUAGCUGAAAACGGAGAAACUAAGCAGGAGAUGGAAAAAGAACUAUGAAAAGAAUCUAACUUAGAAGAAUUCGCAGAGAUACCCCUUCUAGAACUUCUCUGUAAUGUAAUUAAUAAAACAUUGCCAUUAGCCUUUUUAUUUAUGCUUCCCUCCUCUGUGAAGGUCUGUUAUUAAGAAUACAGGCCCCACCAUUAGUCCAUGGAAGAUCAAUUUUUUCUUUCAUCAAUUUUCUUAUUCUACAUUGGCCAUUCAUAGAUAUCUAACUUAAUUUUUUUUUAGCUUCAAGAUUGUUUUAUUGUGAUGCUUGUAAAUUGCUGAGCUAUAAUUUCAUAAAUUAUAUCGUUUAGAUAUUGCUUUUGA